CUGACUGGCUGUAAUGUGACACUACAAUCAGAACUCAAACUGGUUUAAAACAACGCAAUUCACCAGGGAGACACGGCACAGUAAUCUCAUAUUUAUCAAGCUCAAAGUAAAUGUGCUCGUAUGUUUUGAUUUGACCAUGCCUGAAUAUGAGACCUUGGACGAUCACAGCAUAGCUGGAAGUGGCAGCGUGGAGCCAGAUUCAAAGCCAGAGUCACCCAAAGUGAGUGGACGAGCCUGGGGCAGGCUACUGAAACUCUUCGACCUGUCUAAUGCUGCUGUCUUCAUUGUGAUCACUGAGUUUUUUGAAAAAGUCAGCUACUUUGGGGUUCGAGCUAUACUGGUGCUGUAUUUUACGAAAGCGCUCAUCCUGUCUGAGAGCAAGGCUACCUCCCUCUAUCAUGUCUUCAUCUUCCUUUCCACAUCCUUUACCAUCGUUGGAGCUUUCCUCUCAGACUUCUGUUUUGGGCGAUACAGGAGUAUCCUCAUGCUUUCUGUGGUGUACCUUAUUGGUACCAUUGUAUUGUCAGUGACUGCAAUACCAAGGGAAAUCAUACAGUCUGGGGUGGGUGCCUAUAUUGGCCUGUUCCUCAUUUCCCUGGGAUCUGGUGGAAUCAGAUCCAAUGUGUCACCCUUUGGUGCUGAUCAGAUAGGUGGGAAAGAGGAGAAAGGUUACCGGAUGUACUUUUCAUUCUUCUACUUUUCUAUGAACCUGGCAGCGCUACUUGCAGGAAUCAUCAUCCCGAUCCUGAGAGAGGAUGUCCAGUGUUUUGAUUCGGACUGCUACCCUUUGGCAUUUGGUGUCCCUGCAAUUACUAUGUUACUGGCUUUAGUGAUUUUUGUACUGGGCACCUCUGAGUACAAGAUUUAUCCACCUACAGGAAACCUAUUCUGCAAAUUAUUACGCGCCACUGGGAGUGCUAUUGCAAACAAAAUCAAAUGGUACAUGAGUAAGAAGAAGGAUGGAGCAAAGGAGCAUUGGCUAGACUGGGCUGACCAGAAAUAUGAGAAAGAGAUCAUCAAUGAUGCAAAGCGGCUGUACAACGUGCUGGCGUUAUACCCAUUGCUGCCAAUGUACUGGGCACUCUAUGAGCAGCAGGGCUCACGAUGGACUCUGCAGGCCCAGGAAAUGGAUAGAAAUGUGGGAUCUAUCAGACUGAAACCUGACCAGCUACAGAGUCUGAACGUUUUAUUUGUGCUGUUGCUGUUGCCGCUAUUUGAAGGAUUCAUCUAUCCUCAGUUUGAGAAGAGAAAGCUUCUGAUCCAGCCAGUGACAAGGAUGUCUGUUGGGAUGAUAGGAGCUGCUGUUGCAUUCUGCAUCACUGGGAUUGUCCAGGUACAGAUUCAGAAAUGGCAGGUUUCACCUCCACCAAAUGGUAUGACCAAAUUGAAAAUAUUUAAUGGAGCACCUUGUCAAUUCAGCAUUGACUUCUUCAAGAAUCACAUUAUAAUGGACCCACGCACGUUUUCUGACAGUUAUCUUGUGCCCAUCGAUACCCCCACAUUACACAUUGUUUCAUUAAACUGCACGGUCCCCCAGCGGCCUUUAGACAUAAACGUCACAAUGGACUCAAAGACCAGCAAUAUGUUGUUCAUGGUACAAGAUUCUAAAACCAGUGAACUCAUUGUCAAACAGAUUCCUGACAACAAUUUGAAGGUUUUGGAUAAUUCAGCUCUGGUACGGAUCUUUCCCGUGCUGGAAAUACCAGAUGCGAGCAGCAACAAAUCUGUGAGGCUGACAUGUGAACCGAACACUGUUGCAGAUCUGGAUGUGAGACCAUUUGUCCCAUCACUGUACACACCUAUAAAACUUGGCAGAUGUUCUUUCCAGCUGUCAGGAUUUGGUCCAAAUUUUCUUCAUGUUGAAGGAGAAGUUGAACUGAAGGACGGAGGUGUUUAUACAAUUGUUAUCUAUCAAGCUAGUCACACUAACAAUGUCACUAUGCAGGUGAACAUUGAUAACUGGCCAAAAACUGUCUCAGUGCUUUGGCAGAUUCCUCAGUACCUCGUCAUCUCAAUGUCUGAGAUACUUUUUGCAGUCAAUGGACUACACCUGGCAUACACUCAGGCUCCUUCCUUGAUGAGGUCUGUUGUGAUGGCUGUUUGGCUUCUUACAAUUGGCUUAGGAAAUCUCAUAGUCGUGUUGAUUGCGGAGAUUGCAAUAAUAAAAGACCAGGCAGUGGAAUUUUUUGUGUUUGCUUUACUCAUGGCACUGAUCUCACUGAUCUUCAUCAUCACGGCAAGGUUUUAUAAAUCUCACCCGAUCGAUACCAAAGGAGAUUGCCUUCAUGAGCCUGACAAAGACACUGAAUCUGAUGGCCUCAGCUCAGAGUUAAAGGCACCUCCAUCUUACACAGCUGAAGAGCACAAAACCCAAGCCAACAGAAGAUUAAUAACCUGCUGCACACCUCUCCAGGAGAUGUUACAUUAUCAAUAGCAUAUUGAUUCCAGAGAAAACAAGGUGCAGAGCUGGAUGAACACAGCAGGCCAGGCAGCAUCAGAGGAGCAGGAAGGCUGACGUUUUGGGCCUAGACCCUUCGCUGAAAAGCAGUCAAUGCCCAAAUACCUCAGCUUCUGGCAACCACUGUUGACUUUGUUAUGAAUGUUGGUUGUGGGAGGGGAGGAUGUCAUGGACCAGAGUGAAUCAUUUCUGUAGAGAAUGUGUUCUUCCACUCAGUUACCAAGCUGGAUCAGAUUCAUAUAACUGGAAGAAAGAGCUGAACCAAUUAAGAUUGGGUGGGCUGGGACUGUCUGGAACAGAAAAGACUGAAGAAUGAUUAGAUGCACAUCUUUAGAAUUAUGAUAGAAUUUGAUUGAGCAACCUUCGAAAAUAUGUUUCUGCUUGUGGGGGAGUUCAAAAUUAGAUCCAUAAAUAUAAGACAGGCAGUAAUAAAUCCAGUGGGGAAUUCACGAGAAACUUACUUACCAAUACAAAUGGAUCUAUAGGCCCUAUGGAGCAGUUGAAGAAUAAUAUUGCUGCAUUGAAGGGGAAGCUAGAUAUACAUACAUAAGGGAAUAAGAAGCUCAUGGCUAAAGGAUGAGAUCACAUUCGGUGGAAAGACGCUCAUGAAUAUCAGCAUAGCUCAGUUGGCCUGAAUGGCCUGUUUCUGCCCUGUAAAAUUUGAUGUAAUUACACAUCACUUAACCCCCUUCACAUCUCUCACUGAAUUCCAGCUAAUUGAAUUUGAGGAAUGUACAAAAUGAAACUGGAAUUGGAAAAUACUGGAAAUACUUAACAGCUCAAGUGGCCUGUGGGGCAAAACAAUGUUUCUGAACAAGAGUCGACACUCUAAAUCCAAGUAGAUGCUAAAAAAUCAGUUGUAAAUUCUAAUUGAAAGAAUUUCCGUUUGCUCUUCAAUCUCUGUGAGUGCAGGUGGAGCAUUUAGAAAUGCCAUAACCUGUCAGUUUAUUGACUAGGAAUUCCACAUUAGUUCCUCCAACUCCUGACCAAUUUACAGCAGCUCCCAGUAACACCCUGCUUUAUUCGGCCCUGUUCAUUACACUGAAGUAUAGUUGGGUUUGCUAUCUUCCUUUAGAAAAUGAGGGGUUCGAAAAAAAUCCUAUAUAGCUUUCUCUUGGGGUGUUGGGGAAAGAUUUGUUAGAUAAUUUAGUGCCCCUUUCAGCUUCAAUCUGCAGGUUAGACUGUCUGAAACAUUACAGCGCACUGAGAUGGACUAUACUUGAAAGGAACUUGGACAGUGUCCCAAAGCAGUUGACAGCUAAUCAUGUACCUUUGAACUGUUGCAAUUCCUGUAAUUUCAGAAAUGCAGAGCUGCCUGUGCAAGGUGUAACAAGUCUGAUAGCACGGAAAAUAAAUUAUCUAAUGGCUGUGAUCAGAGCCUUAACAUAGGCAAACUAAAAUGACACAGAAUUACCUCAAUUCUAAUUGUAUUCAAAUCCUGAAGCUCAGGGUAAAGCUGUGUUUUCUGUUUUUUAGUGACAACUUGUUGUUAUCUUUGUGAUAACUAUCAGCACAAACAUUCUCCUCCAGCAAUUCUGAAAGCUGUGUUUGCGACUGUUCAAUUUUAACAGGAGAAUUUCUCCUGAAUCUGGUCAAUAUGUAUUUUUCAAUCAUUGUCAAUAAAAUAUGUUGAGCAAUUAA